AUGAACGAUUCUUUUUGUAGCGACAGCUGGUUUGCACGGGAAUGGAGGGUUCAAGAACUGGCAUUAUUUUGGCAACUUCGACAGCAGCACGACAGUGUUAGUGAUACCCUGUUUCCAUACGGGAUUAUCUUGGCACAACCUUUUCCACCACCUGCGAAUAUCUACUGUGUUGGCUGUGAUAAUGACCGGACAGUUCUAUACGUGUCAGCAGCUCUUAGGUACAUCCGAAAGAGGUCAUUGGAAUGUGGUAACGACCUGUGGCUUGAGAAUUUGGAUAUGCACUAUCAGCAGGUAUCGUGGAGUCAUGGUUAUACAUUUGUGCCUUACAAAUACGACCAACAGGCUGCAGAAAAAAGAAUCCAAAGACUAGUCACAGACGCUCAAAAUGAACAGUUGAAGUUGGACGAACGCAGUGUGCCCAUGUCUUAUCAACUUUCUGAUGACAAAAUCAUAUCUGGUCAUUGUCGACCGGUGCUUCGAGGCCAUGAGCAGCAUACUCAACUGCUCUUAGAUCAUGGAGUGCUGAUUGUUCCACAAUCACUCAAUGAUUCAUAUCUAAAUGUUUUGGCAAGUACACCUUUCGACUUGCCCGUGCCUCAAGUUGACAAUCCACCAAUGUACUUUUAUCCCCGGCCAGAGAUACAAGACCAAACUCGUUCAGAUGCGUCUCAAAUAAUCUAUCCAAAUAGAGACUUAACUCUUUCAACCGAAAACAAUGGCCAUGCAGCUGAUACACCCAUGGAAUCUGUUGAUCUUCAGGAAAUUUCAACCAAAAAUAGCGAUUUUGAUGGGGACAACAACUCUGUAGGUGUACUUCCCAGACCCCCUCUCUUUCCAAUUGUCGAAGGUCGAAUCGGCAUCUCAAAAUUACCUACUAAUUGGGCUCGGCUUUCGCUAAUUUAUAUAUAGGACGCAACCUUUGAAGGUAUACGACCAGAGCUGUCUCCCCAGACUCCCUCCGAGCCUGGAAGCGCAAAGAAUAUUUCCGUUGUCCAACACUCUAAUCAGUAUUCGAAUGACUCAUUUGGUGGCAGUCAUCAUAUUUACGAAUUGCACAGCAGUUUCGUGCCUGAAUUCACAGUUUUAAACAUAGAAACACACGAACAAUGGGAAUUUAGCAGCCCAAUAGAGGCAGCCGACUUCUUCGGACUUAGUCGUGAUAAAGUCAGAUUUGCAGUACUAACCGACGCAAUUUUGGAAGGCAUAUAUAAAUUUCCUAAGGCCAAUCCACUGCAACUAUCGAGACCUAAAAGAGUCGUAGUUGAAGUUUCAAACUCUGGCUCUGACCAAAGACUACUAUUCUGUAGCCAAGGAAAAGCUGCUAAAAUAUUGAAAGUUAGGAAGGGAAAAAUCUCCGAAGCGAUUAGCAGCGGAAAACCUAUGGAAAAAAACGAAAUCAUGUACUACAUUUCGUAUAAGGAGAUUGAACAGACAGGUCAUGGUGUAGAGCCUUCCAAAACGACAAACAAAUAG